UCCGGUGUAUUACUACAUCCCUCUGGAGCUAUCCUAGAAAUUUUGUUAGAUUCUAGAUCUUGAACCAUCAAACAUCUUCAAUCCUCGAAGCUGCUUCUCAGAGGAACCUCGCGCCACCACCUCUUCGUCCUCCCAAUGGCGCACUCCCAGAUCUCCCCAUUUCUCGAUCCUGGCACCCAUUCAGCUCCCAAUAGUCUCGGAAUAUUGCAAUUGCGCCGCGAUCAUCUCAUUCCAGCAGUUCUAUCGUCAACCUCUACGGACACCGAUUACGCGGAAGGAAAGGUUGAAAACACCCGUUUUGGAUCUUUCCCACACAGCACGCUUCUCAAUCAGCCAUGGGGCACGCAAAUUCGCGCAUCCGUCGUUGACACUGGUUCGCGCGCAAAAUCGAAAAAGCGCAAGCGCGAGGGCGGCGGAGAUGGCGACACUGAGACUUCGAUCAAGUCCGAGUCAGAGAACAACAAGAAAGUGAUAGCUCAGGCUGCAACGGCAAGCAGCGGCUUUGCGCAUCUGGUUCCCCCCACACCUGAGACCUGGACGUUGUGCCUGCCGCAUCGAACGCAAGUCGUGUACACGCCGGAUUAUAGCUAUAUCCUCCAACGGUUGAGGGUUCGUCCCGGAGAUCACAUAAUUGAAGCAGGCGCGGGAAGCGGGAGCUUUACGCAUGCCGCAGCUAGAGCAGUAUUCAAUGGUCUCCCUGGUCAAGAUAGAUCUACAAAUGGCGGAGAGCAAGAGAUUGGAGAAGAUGGCAAAAGCGCUAAGAGGAGGCACAAGCGUCACGGUGGUGUCUACAGCUUCGAAUUUCACGAACCACGGGCAAGGCAACUAAAGGCAGAGCUCGAGGAGCAUGGCCUAGGAUCUCUCGUCACAGUUACAAAUCGCGACGUAUAUGAAGACGGGUUUUGCCUGGAUAACGAUGCAGAGCCAAACGCGGACGUCAUCUUCCUCGACCUUCCCGCCCCUUGGCUGGCCUUGAAGCAUCUGACACGAUCUCCGCCUUCGAAUGCGGUCCUCAAAUCAGUAGCCUCCGACGAUAUGGUGCCUGAUGGCGACACGUCUACGUCAACACCACAACCUUCGACGGCAUCAAAACCAUUCCGCAGCCCUCUCAACCCAAAGAAUGCUGUGCGCAUCUGCACCUUCUCUCCUUGCAUUGAGCAAGUUAUCAAAACAGUAUCUGCCAUGCGAUCGCUAGGGUGGAUAGAAAUUGGUAUGGCCGAAGUCCAGGCUAAGCGACUCGAAGUCAGGCGCGAACGCAUUGGUCUCCAGGAGGAGGGUCUUCGAGGCGCAAAUCCCAAUGCUGCGACAGUACAGGAAGCAGUACAAAGGCUCCGCGAUGUUGAAGGUCGAGCAAAGGUAUUCCACGGGAUGCAGAAAGAGAAGCAGGAAGAGGUCAUGCGGAAAGCUGAGGCGAGAAAGCGAGGCGAGAAACUUCCUCAAGAAAAGAAGGAUGGCCAGUCGAAAGCCAGAUUGGAGGGUGUACCACCAUCGAAACAUGACCGAAUGGAGCGGGCGAAGAAGGAUCUUGAGAGUCGAGAUCUAUUCAAAGAAGGUCGACUAGUUCAUCGCACAGAGCCUGAGUUGAAGACACACACAUCGUACCUAGUAUUCGCCCUGCUUCCAAGAGAGUGGUCAAAGAGUGAUGAAGAAAAGGCAAGGCGAAAGUGGACUUGAAAGGAUCAUAUGUGGUUCACAACGGAUUUCUCCGUUGGUUGCCCAUUAUCCUUAUUCGUGGGUUCCUCUUCAUGAGGAACAGCAUACCAACUCGCUUACCCCUACACUCAUCAGUUCGGCCCCCUCAAUUGCACAGCUUAUCCAAUCUGGCUCCGCGAAAUCUACAUUCAUGCGGCUG